GUUGUUCGUGUCUGCUGCUGCUGUUGCUGGCAAACUAGCUCCGGAGUGAGUGCAGAUAUUCGUGAGAGGAAAGACGUGAAGAAAAAACUAGAGAUUCAUUUGAAAAAUAUGUUCUGCUUCACAUAUCCCCUGAAUUUAGGCUAAUUGUGAUAAACCCCAGCAUUUUGUUAGCUUUCGUACGAUUUCCUGUCCUCGGUGUGUGGAAAAUGACUGUUAAAAUGAUUUCAACACGGGUACUGCAAUGAAAAUAGUGAAAUUUUAUCGAUACUCCCAACCCGCACUGGGUGUGUUUAUUUUAGCGAGCUCAGCCAUUUUGGAUAAUGAUUUUUCUUCGACUUGGUAAAAUUAUGCGAGUUGAAGUGCGUAGGAAAUGCUUAGUCAAUGGUGUGAUUAGAUGUUAGGCUAAAUGAAUUAUUCGCUGAUGUUUGAGUAGUAUAAUUAAUCCAAAGGAAGGAUUAGAGAAUGAGUAGAAGCCGUCGUUCGUCGUACGGACAUAGCCACUAUCAGCAUCAGUUCACUGUCACCUCCACAAUCAACUACGGUGACGGUUUGUGCGAUAAUGUGGCCAGUGUUUCGCAGAACGAUGCGCCAUCCCCUUCCAGGUUCAGUGAAUCGUCCUAUUCCAAUCUUGGAACCCGUCUGACGGCUUUCGUGUCUCCUGCUAGCAGUGAGUGUUAUCGAAAUGAUGAAAAUUUGCGACCUUGCUGUAUGGCAGCACCUACGUCUUCUGCAGCAACACAAUCGAGCGAUCGAUAUUCAACCAACUCUGCCCCCACAUCUAUCAUCGCUUAUCCUGAUAACAGAAAUGCACCCCACCAUCGCUCGAUGUCGCCUACCUCCAGGACGCGCUAUCCAGUCCCGGAACGAUUUCGUGAUCCCCCGCCCCCUAAAACUGACCAGUACGGAAAUUUCCUGAUUAAUAAUUCUCCGCUAAUGACCAAUUCCGAAAGUUACCAAUUCUUAACAUCCACUGUGCAUACUCCAGUUAAGCGUUAUAUUCCCACACCACCACCGCCCGAAAGCUACCAACAGGAAAUGGGGUUAGGGCCGACCUUGAUGGCUGGGCUGAUCGCCUCGAAAGGAGGACUGAACAUUAUUAAUCAGAGCGGUUCCAGAACACCCGUCGUGAGUACCCUUCCGUAUCGAGUCAAAAUAGAAACUAAAAAUCCACAAGUGCAAAAUCUAGUGGAGGAUACAACAGAUCACUAUGCUACACCACCACGGGCAAGACCCGUUAAAUGCCAGCAACCCCUCUGUACAUUCAAUCAAUCUUCAACGCUUGGACACCAGUCUCGUCAAAUGUGUCCAGCAGCUCCAGACUAUUCCAUGUUACGUACUCCCACACCUGUAAGUAUCAUGAGCGAGCCACUUGCUACAAACCUGACCGACGAGGAAAACUGUUACCACUGUAGUACCCUACGUAGAGCUACUGGAGUACACCAGACUACGCAAACAUCUGGUCCAAUUAGCCCGCAACCGCUCUCCAUAUCGUCAGUGUCCAUGUCCGAGAUGGAACGGCAAUCUCCGUUGAGCCCACCGUCACUCGUUUCCCAUGCAUCCUACUCCCAUCAGCAUCCUCUGCUCGGCCCGGGUGAUGACGGUCGCAAUUCAUCUUCCCUUAUUAUCUCCCAGUCGCAUACUCUCAACAGUUCCUGUAGCAACCCAUCCAUCAUUAUCCAGUACCAACAGCAACACAUCCAGCAUCAACAGAUCCAACAGCAGCCUCUCUAUCAACAGCUUCAGCAGUUACAGCAACAACACGCUCAGCAGAAUCAACAACAGCAGCCAUUGCCAUUACAACAAAUCCCAACACCAAGACUGCAAGUGGAUUCCACUCCUUCUACGCUUCAACGAAAUGCACAACCUUGUCGAGCUCGACUGUCACACAAGCAGCGCAUCAAAGAGUAUCUUCGACGCAGUACAGCGCAGUUUUUCGGAGUUGAUCAGUUGAAUGAAGACUACGAGCAGCAAAAAUGGGAAGAUCGUCAGAAACGACUCGCCGUUCGUCGGUUUGGAUCAUUGAAGGAAGACGCUGUUGCCGGGCGCGUCAAUGAGGUUCACGCCGAAGUUUUGAAUGAACACAGCGAUAGACCGGAUGUUCUGCCAGCACAAAGUCAGGACGAGCCGGCUACGGAGCAAAACCGACGGCAGCGAUUCAACCCGUACUACAGACACGAUGGAACCGAAGAAUUUCAGGUUGAGCGAAAGCUAUCGGUGACGCAGAUGAUUGCUAGUGGGUUCGUAUUUAUCAUUCAGAGUUUAAGAAAUCGUAUCCCACGGAAGCAGAAACAAUGGUCUAGAAGUUUUGCUCCAGCGCACGUUGCUCUGAAUAAUGACGACAAUGAUGUGUGCGAUGGCUUGACACCGAUUCAGGAUGAUGAGUUGUUCUUUGAUAUUCCAACAAUCAGCAAUCAGCAACAGAUAGAACAGGAACUUGGAGUAGAUAACUCACGCCAGAUCUACGUGGUGGAUGCGAAUCGGGUGACGGUUGGUAAUGGAUGGCGUACUCGAUCGGCCGAAAUACAACUGCAGCAGCAACGUCCGUCACGUCCGACUAGGAAUGCUAUUUACCAAUACUACGGCCAACGCAUUACGACACACAUUCUGGAUAGCGUAUUGGAUAAUUCCAGACGUAUGUCGAACCAUAGUAUCAAACUGUUGAGACCAAAUUGUUUGGAUGAUCGCUACGACCAUAGACCGUUUUUUACGUACUGGGUAAACACAACGCAGGUCCUUGUUCUGUUGCUGAUGCUUUUAUGUUACGGAAUUGGACCGAUUGGGAUCGGAUAUGAACAGAAAAGUGCUCAGGUUUUGGUUACGAGCUUAAGUUUGCAAACGGUGCAACAUUAUGAGCAACGAAAUGUUUGGAUUGGUCCACGGGGAGAUGAUUUGGUUCACGUGGGGGCGAAGUAUGCAGCAUGCAUGCGUAGGGAUACCAAGGUGAUGGAAUUGAUUUCGAAAACUCGAAAACAGGAACGAGAAACUGCAUGUUGUAUACGGAAUGACGACUCCGGCUGUGUUCAGAGCUCGCAAGCAGAUUGCUCCGUGCGCGGUUUGUGGCCAACGACCAUUUCGACGUGGAAGAAGUGGUCUCCCGGCGAUUCAGGUCCUGGAGGACGAAUAUCGGGUAGUGUUUGUGGUCUAGAUCCAAAGUACUGCGAGGCUCCAGCUUCCAUAGCACCCCACGAAUGGCCUGAUGACAUAACCAAAUGGCCUAUAUGUAGAAAGAAUAAUCAAGUAUCACAAAAGUUUCGUUUCAAAGAUCAUACAGCAGAACACAUGGUCUGUGAAGUGAUUGGUCAUCCAUGCUGUGUGGGAAUCUCAGGAGAAUGUCGAAUCACUACCAGGGAGUAUUGUGAUUUUGUGCGAGGAUAUUUUCACGAAGAGGCCUCGUUGUGUUCCCAGGUCUCUUGCUUAAACGACGUGUGCGGUAUGUAUCCGUUCAUAGCUACCGACAUCCCUGAUCAGUUCUACAGACUGUUCACGUCACUGUACCUUCACGCCGGUAUCAUGCACAUCGUGCUAACCAUUGCCUUCCAGCAUAUUCUCCUAUCGGAUCUGGAGCGUCUGCUGGGCCCACUCCGGACGGCAAUCUUGUACAUCGGCUCCGGCAUUGCCGGGAACCUCACCAGUGCGAUUUUUGCUCCAUACCGACCGGAGGUCGGACCACUGCCAUCGCUUGCGGGAACGAUUUCCUCGCUUAUAACACUGCUGUUUCUGUGUCAUUGGCGAAAUCUCAAAAGGCCCCAUUUAGCGCUGUUUAAACUAAUCAUAGUCAGCUUUUUGGUGUUCGGCAUAGGUGUGCUACCAUGGCAACAGAAUUUCACCGGUUUGGUUGCAGGCCUAAUAUUUGGGAUGUCUUUCACCCUUGCUUUUACACCGUACGUCCACGUGAGGAAGUAUACAAGGAAAAGAAAGAUCAAUCUCAUAUGGACAUGUUUCGUACUUCAGUUCAUGCUGUACGCCUUUAUGUUCCUAGUGUUUUAUUUGUUUUCGGCACCAUUUUCGCUCAACUUUGUCGACGGAAACCAGAUUGCCAGCGUGAACGAUCACGGUGGUUUACAUGACCAUUUCAAUCCGUACGAUACGUUUAAUUAUUUCAACAAUAAAAAUACCGACAGUACGGGUUCCGGUGGCGGCUCCAGUGGUAAUCCAGGAGGAGGCCGUGGUGACAUCGGAGGACGGUACGGCAACGGGGGUGGUGCUAUCAGUAUGUCGGGUGGAACUAUAAAAAAUAUUCCGAAACCGAAAUACAAUAAUAUGCAAAGUAGUAUUAGCAGCAGCGGCGGUGGCGGCGUCAGCGGCAGCAGUGGCAAUGGCGGCAGCAGAAGCCACAUCGUUAGUCUCAAUGCUAAACCCAAUAGCCAUACACAUAAACUGGUAGCUAUAUGUGAAAAGGGGCAGUGCAAUCCGCGUCCGAACGCAUGACGUCGAUGUGUUCAAUGGUUUGUUUCGUUGCAGUUGGUUUACGUUCUUUCCACUCUGGUAAUGAUUAUUGUAACGUUACACGAUAACGAAUAUAUACUGAUAUACUAUAUAUAUACUGGUGAAUAAAGAACGCAGGUAACGAAAGCCAUGUACACGUCAGAAUUAAA